AAAGGAAUGCCAGGACCCUGCCCAGACAGACGUGGGCCAGCCUCAGCACCGACAGCCAACUCGCAGAUAGCAGAGCCAUCCGCAGGGAUCCUCUCCAGAUUCUCCAUCUCUUGGGGCAGAGACCUGAUCUGACCCGACUCCACCCGACUCCCCAUCACCCUCGACUCCCCAUCACCCUCCGGAGACUGCCCUCUGAGAGCCACAAAAGAACACCUGAACUCUCCACCUGAGAGCUUAUUUUUUUUCUUUCGUUUCUUCUAGGCUCUAUUUAUUUUAAAUUCUGUACUACUUUUCAAUCACAAAGGUUGAACCAUGAUUCCGGUGACAGAGCUCCGCUACUUUGCGGACACGCAGCCAGCGUACCGGAUCCUGAAGCCGUGGUGGGACGUGUUCACUGACUACAUCUCCAUCGUCAUGCUGAUGAUCGCGGUUUUUGGUGGCACGUUGCAGGUCACCCAGGACAAGAUGAUCUGCCUGCCGUGUAAGUGGGUCACCAAGGACUCCUGCAACGACUCGUUCCGGGGCUGGGCGGCCCCCGGCCCAGAGCCCCGCUACCCCAACUCCACCAUCUUGCCGACCCCCGACGCUGGCCCCACGGGCAUCAAGUAUGACCUGGACAGGCACCAGUACAACUAUGUGGACGCCGUGUGCUACGAGAACCGCCUGCACUGGUUCGCCAAGUACUUCCCCUACCUGGUGCUUCUGCACACACUCAUCUUCCUGGCCUGCAGCAACUUCUGGUUCAAGUUCCCUCGCACCAGCUCGAAGCUGGAGCAUUUUGUGUCCAUCCUGCUCAAGUGCUUCGACUCGCCCUGGACCACGCGAGCCCUGUCGGAGACGGUGGUGGAGGAGAGCGACCCCAAGCCGGCCUUCAGCAAGAUGAACGGCUCCACGGACAAGAAGUCGUCGACGGUCAGCGAGGACGUGGAGGCCACCGUGCCCAUGCUGCAGCGAACCAAGUCUCGGAUCGAGCAGGGCAUCGUGGACCGCUCGGAGACGGGCGUGCUGGACAAGAAGGAGGGGGAGCAGGCCAAGGCGCUGUUCGAGAAGGUGAAGAAGUUCCGGACCCACGUGGAGGAGGGGGACAUCGUGUACCGUCUCUACAUGCGGCAGACCAUCAUCAAGGUGAUCAAAUUCAUCCUCAUCAUCUGCUACACCGUCUACUACGUGCACAACAUCAAGUUCGACGUGGACUGUACCGUGGACAUCGAGAGCCUGACGGGCUACCGCACGUACCGGUGCGCCCACCCCCUGGCCACGCUCUUCAAGAUCCUGGCAUCCUUCUACAUCAGCCUGGUCAUCUUCUAUGGCCUCAUCUGCAUGUACACGCUCUGGUGGAUGCUCCGGCGCUCCCUCAAGAAGUACUCAUUCGAGUCCAUCCGCGAGGAGAGCAGCUACAGCGACAUCCCCGAUGUCAAGAACGACUUCGCCUUCAUGCUGCACCUCAUCGACCAGUACGACCCGCUCUACUCCAAGCGCUUUGCCGUCUUCCUGUCGGAGGUGAGUGAGAACAAACUGCGGCAGCUGAACCUCAACAACGAGUGGACGCUGGACAAACUGCGGCAGCGGCUCACCAAGAACGCGCAGGACAAGCUGGAGCUGCACCUGUUCAUGCUCAGCGGCAUCCCCGACACCGUGUUCGACCUGGUGGAGCUGGAGGUGCUGAAGCUGGAGCUGAUCCCCGACGUGACCAUCCCGCCCAGCAUCGCGCAGCUCACGGGCCUCAAGGAGCUGUGGCUGUACCACACGGCCGCCAAGAUCGAGGCACCCGCCCUGGCCUUCCUGCGCGAGAACCUGCGGGCGCUGCACAUCAAGUUCACGGACAUCAAGGAGAUCCCGCUGUGGAUCUACAGCCUGAAGACGCUGGAGGAGCUGCACCUGACAGGCAACCUGAGCGCGGAGAACAACCGCUACAUCGUCAUCGACGGGCUGCGCGAGCUCAAGCGGCUCAAGGUGCUGCGGCUCAAGAGCAACCUGAGCAAGCUGCCGCAGGUGGUCACGGACGUGGGCGUGCACCUGCAGAAGCUGUCCAUCAACAACGAGGGCACCAAGCUCAUCGUCCUCAACAGCCUCAAGAAGAUGGCCAACCUGACGGAGCUGGAGCUGAUCCGCUGCGACCUGGAGCGGAUCCCCCACUCCAUCUUCAGCCUCCACAACCUGCAGGAGAUCGACCUCAAGGACAACAACCUCAAGACCAUCGAGGAGAUCAUCAGCUUCCAGCACCUGCACCGCCUCACCUGCCUUAAGCUGUGGUACAACCACAUCGCCUACAUCCCCAUCCAGAUCGGCAACCUCACCAACCUCGAGCGCCUCUACCUGAACCGCAACAAGAUCGAGAAGAUCCCCACCCAGCUCUUCUACUGCCGCAAGCUGCGCUACCUGGACCUCAGCCACAACAACCUGACCUUCCUCCCCGCUGACAUCGGCCUCCUGCAGAACCUCCAGAACCUGGCCGUCACGGCCAACCGGAUCGAGGCGCUGCCCCCGGAGCUCUUCCAGUGCCGGAAGCUGCGGGCCCUGCACCUGGGCAACAACGUCCUGCAGUCGCUGCCCUCACGGGUGGGCGAGCUGACCAGCCUGACUCAGAUCGAGCUGCGGGGCAACCGGCUGGAGUGCCUGCCUGUGGAGCUGGGCGAGUGCCCCCUGCUCAAGCGCAGUGGCCUGGUGGUGGAGGAGGACCUGUUCAACACUCUGCCCCCCGAGGUGAAGGAGCGGCUCUGGAGGGCUGACAAGGAGCAGGCCUGAGCGCCCACGGGCGCUGAGCACGGGCUGUCCAGAACAGCCAGCAGCGGUGUCUCUGGGGAGGCCUCAGGCCCAGGAGCCCCUGACUGCCGACCAGCCCAGCCUCUCAGUGGGGGCGGGGCAGGAGCUGGGCCACAGGACCGAACCUGAGGGGCUGGCCCCUUUCUCCUCGAGACUCAUGCCCCCUGCCCCAGGGCAGGCGCCUGAGGGGGAGAUCAGAGGCCUGUAGUCCAUCUCUGAGCACAGUAUUUGGACAAUCAGGGCCUCCUCCCUGGAGGCCAUCUCUGCCCCAGAGGCCUAGCGACACCAGAGGUCCAGGGACACCUACUUAGUUCUUGGUAUUUAUUUUCUCCGCCUCCCACCCCCUCCCUCCAGAUAACUUAUACAUUCCCAAGAAAGUUCAGUUCCAAUGGCGGGUGUCUGAGGAAGGGUGGGCUGUGUUUCCCUUUUCCUUUUUUUGGUGGUUUCAAAACCAUUUAGGGCCCACCCAGCCUUGAGCCGAGCGGUCCAGGGUGAACCAGCUGUGGGACGGUCACCCCAGAGGCGCCAGGCUGGGCUGUGGUGGCACGGCCCAUGGGAAAGCAGGCCACCAGGUGGAGAGGCCAGGCCUGGGGUUUGCCGCAGCAGUUUAGAUUUCUUUUUAAGUAAAAAAAAAAAAAAAAAAAAAAUUUUUUUUUAAGCUUUGAAAAUUGAUGGUUUGGGUAUUAAAAAGAAAAAACUAAAAAAAAAAAAAAAAAAAAAAAGGACACUAAAGGCCAGUGAGUUGAGGUCUCAGGGUGGGACAGCAGUUCCCCUUGAGGAGAGCAGCAAGACACUGAAUUGUGUUUCCUUCCCCCGGGGUGGCAGGCUGCAGGAUGUCUUCCAAAUCUGCUGUGACCUUGGUCCAGGAGUCUGUAGUUCCUCUCCCCGCCUGGGGCGGGGAUUGUUUUGUCUUGUUUUUGGUGUCUUGUUUUCUUUCUCCUCCAUGUAUCUUGGCAGGCUCUCAUUUCUGUGACUGUUGGCCAAAGGGAAUGUUCUGGAGCUUCCAAGAAGGGAGGGGACUCGGGUUGGCUAAUCCCCGGAUGAACGGUGCUCCAUCCCCACCCCCAUCCCUUGUCGCCGUGUUAAGGAGCCCAGAGGAGCCCCCUCACCCGGACUCUGCUUUCCCACCUCGCGCUCAGCCGCUGACGUCAGUCCUGUCACCACCUGGUCCUUCACAACGGACACUUGGAGGCGGGGCCGCGUGAGGAGGUUGCCGCCGGGGAGGGCAGGGUCCCCAGGUUCUGGUUCCAGUUUCUGUCCCAGGCGCCUGGCAUGUGCAGCCCACUCAGCGCCUGGUGGCGGGAAGCCAGCUCACUUUAGAUCAGUCACCGGGGUCCCCGCUUUAGAAGGAUCCCCACCUUAGAUCGAUCACUUGGACAUUAAGGCACGUUUUAGCGUCUCGUCUUAAUGAUUAUGUGCACUCGUCCAUUUGUGUUUUCUGCGUCGUGUCAUUGGAUGUAAUCCUCAGAAAUAAUGCACACUAGCCUCUGACAACCAUGAAGCAAUCUGUUACAUGUGGGUCUGAACUUGUAGACUCGGUUCAAAUAUCAAAUAAAUCUAUAACAGAAAGUA